GACUCACGGCGGCGCGGUGCAUUGUGGGCCGCGCCGGGGCGUCAUGGUGGCGGCCGUGCAGCGGGCGGUGGGAUGGGGCCGGUGGGUUUGUACGGCUGCUGCGCCUCGGCCCUGGCGGCUGUUCGGGGCUAUGUGCCUGCUGCGGCUGCCCCGCAUCACACAGCCCCUGGAGAAGGAGGAGGAAGAGAUGGCGGCCCUCAUGGGGCAGAUCGAGCUAGAGAAAAGCCAAUAUUCAGACCAUGAAAUCCGCAAGCUGGAGGAGGAGGAGCAGCUCAGGAAGAGGAAGGAAAGCCUGUAUGAUGAUGAAACAACUGGCAAAACAGUCAUCACGGCUCAAGACCUGGAGGAUAAGUGGGAACAGAAGUUACUGCGAUUCAAAGCUGCUCCACGGAUAACAGAUGCUGAUAAAAACAACAAUCGAACAUCGUUGAACAGAAGGCUGGACAGUAACCUGAUGCUCCUGGUCAAACAGAAAAUUGGUAAUCAGGACUUGUGGCUUCUGCCUCAAGCAGAAUGGCAGCCUGGAGAGACACUGCGAAGCACAGCUGAGAGAGCCAUGGCUACGUUUUUGGGAGAUCACGUUCAAGCCAAAAUCCUGGGGAAUGCACCGUCUGGGAUUUACAAGUAUAAAUUCCCCAGGGCCAUCAGGACUGAGGAUAACUUGGGAGCCAAAGUAUUCUUCUUCAAAGCCUUCCUCCAAAGCGGCGAUUUGUCCCAGACAGAGCUGAAAAAAGACUACCUGUGGGUCACAAAGGAUGAGCUGGGAGAUUACUUGAAGCCAGAAUACCUGAAAAAAGUCAAUGGAUUCCUUCUGGACUUAUAGGCGAUAGACUGUGCUCCAGCAGCUGGGGAAGAUGUGGCACGCAACUCCAGGGAGGAGCAGAGCUGCUGCUUUGCGUGGUCUGUGUGCAUGAGAUGUUCACUUGGGUUCUGGAGGAUAAUUUGCCUUUGCUUUAUUUUCCAGUUCUCUUCACCAGGCUUGUACUAAAUAAAUAUUAAAACUUAUACUAGGAAGUGAA